AGGGUCUGUUUUUAAUCGGGGGCGCGGACGUGCGCGUCGCCGCGGAUUCUUUGUGUGGCGGCGUAGAGAAGCGCAAAUACAAUAACCAUGGCCGACGAGAAACCCAAGGAGGGGGUGAAGACGGAGAACAACGACCACAUCAACCUGAAGGUGGCGGGACAGGACGGGUCCGUGGUCCAGUUCAAAAUCAAGAGACACACACCCCUCAGCAAACUCAUGAAGGCCUACUGUGAGAGACAGGGACUGACAAUGAGGCAGAUUCGAUUCCGGUUUGACGGACAGCCUAUCAAUGAAACAGACACGCCCGCACAGUUGGAAAUGGAGGAUGAAGACACAAUCGACGUUUUCCAGCAACAGACAGGAGGACACAUCUGAAUCUCUCUCUCUCUCUCUCUUCAUGGUUUUCUGUAACUGCUGUUGUAUAGUGUUUUCAGUUCAUCACGUUUUCUUUCGGUUUUGUACAUAAAGGGUUCCUGCUACAGUAAUUAUUGCAUUGGGUUUGUUAAUACCUGUGAAAUCUGACACAUGAAGCCCAAGUUAAACUUUCAUGAAGACUGUCAUCUGUGUAUAGAGACCAACUAAUACAUGUUUCUUCUUUCCAAUCAUUGACCCGAGUUCAGAUACGAGCGCGCAGGCGUUCUCCAAGUUAUUAUGAUUGUGUGUUUAAAGAAAGCAUACAGUGUGUUCAGCUCUGCUGUUGCUAAAGCCUGCGGUUUAAAUUGAUUUCCUGGUUUCCAUUCAGACGAUUUGGUUUAAAACUUCUUUUUUUUUAUGGUAGUGAACAUGUAUAGUGCAACGCUUGUGGUAAACAUGUUUUGACUCGUACGUACGAGGGGGAUUCAUGUUUCCGACAAGUCCAGCAUCCGUCUGUAUUGUCCAAUCUCUUGUGAAAAUAAAAUAUUCUCUUUUUAUCAGA